UUGCACAACCACAAAAUUGACUAUAUCAUAAAAACUUAAUUUAAGGUUAGGCAUUAGGAUAGCAGUGUGGUUAAUGUUAACGUUGGCGUUAGGUUUAAAAUCAUAUUUAAACAAGAUACUUUUUAGAGAUGGGCGGAGUUUAUGACUUUGUGGCUGUGGUAACUAGUGACGACAGUAGAAAGCUCGAGAUUCAACAUGGCCACUUACAUGAUAAUGCUGGGUGCUUGUAAGCAGACUUCUAAAAACGGCGCAAUCUUGUCGAGAAAUUACCCCAAUAUGUUUAAAACGGGGACCGUGCGAUCUCUCGUUAGCGAGUCAUCUAACUGGACUGGAAUGGUGACCAAAAGGUCUUAUUCUACAAACGGUACGCUUAGGAAAACAUUAUGCAACGGCCGCUUUGGUAACGUUGUUACAUCAAUGACAGGAGCCGGGAGGCUAGCGAAGCUCAACCGAUGGACAAGGGUCACUGGGUUUUUUUCUGGGGAAAGAGCGAUUCUCGGCUGCGGGGCUUCGGCCAGCUACAACCAGAUAAGAUUGUUUGGCAACCGAGGCAGCGGCGCUGGCUUCUCGGGGGAAGAUGGGUCGGAGAGCAGCGGGUCUGGGGGAGACGAGUCAGGAGGAGAUGGAGGAACACCGUACAACUCCCCCCAGAUGACAGCUCUCACCCCCAUGCUGGUCCCUGAAGUGUUCCCCAACGUACCACUGAUCGCGGUCAGUAGGAACCCGGUUUUCCCAAGGUUCAUCAAAAUUAUCGAGGUGAAGAACAAAGGGCUUAUGGAUCUUCUGAGGAGAAAAGUCCGACUUGCCCAACCGUACGCUGGAGUGUUCCUGAAGAAAGACGAUGCUAAUGAGACUGAUGUAGUGGAGAGUCUGGAUGCUAUCUACAACACAGGAACUUUUGUACAGAUCCAUGAGAUGCAGGACCUUGGUGACAAGCUGAGGAUGAUUGUUAUGGGCCACAGAAGAAUCCGCAUCACCAAGCAGAUGGAGGUGGAGCCGGAUGAGCCUGCCUCUGCUGCCUCUGAGUCUGCCUCUGUCACUGAAGCAGGGAGCCAGCCCAAUGUCUCACGCCGGAAGCCCAAGAGAAAAGAGCGUAAAGAGCCAGCCAUCUUGGCCGAAACAAUGGAGGAGAAGGUGCAGGAGGCAGACCUGAUAGUAGAGGCGCUCCCGCUGCCCUCCUCUGAUAUCCUUAUGGUGGAGGUAGACAACGUGGUGCACCAACAGUUUGAGGUCUCAGAGGAAGUCAAGGCCCUGACGGCAGAGAUCGUGAAGACCAUCCGUGACAUCAUCGCCCUUAAUCCACUUUACAGAGAGUCUGUUCUUCAGAUGAUGCAGGCUGGGCAGAGAGUAGUGGACAACCCCAUCUAUCUGAGUGACAUGGGAGCCGCUCUCACAGGGGCCGAGUCACACGAGCUGCAGGACGUACUUGAAGAGACCAAUAUUCCCAAACGUCUCUACAAGGCUUUAUCACUUCUGAAGAAAGAAUACGAGCUGAGUAAGCUGCAGCAGCGCCUCGGCAGGGAGGUGGAGGAGAAGAUCAAGUUGACCCACAGGAAGUACCUGCUCCAGGAGCAGCUUAAGAUCAUUAAGAAGGAGCUGGGCCUGGAGAAGGAGGACAAGGAUGCCAUCGAGGAGAAGUUCAGGGAGAGACUGAAGGAGCGCACCGUGCCCCAACACAUCAUGGACGUCAUCAACGAGGAGCUAAAUAAACUUGGCCUGCUGGAUAACCACUCCUCAGAGUUCAAUGUGACCAGGAACUAUCUGGACUGGCUGACCUCGAUGCCCUGGGGAACUAAUAGUGAGGAGAACCUGGAACUCAAACGGGCCAAAGAGGUGCUGGAGGAAGACCAUUAUGGGAUGGACGAUGUCAAGAAACGCAUUCUGGAGUUUAUUGCAGUAAGUCAGCUGAGAGGCUCGACCCAGGGAAAGAUCCUGUGUUUCUAUGGUCCUCCUGGUGUGGGAAAGACCAGUAUCGCCCGCUCCAUCGCCAGAGCACUCAACCGAGAGUAUUUCCGCUUCAGUGUUGGUGGUAUGACUGAUGUCGCUGAAAUCAAAGGCCACAGGAGAACGUAUGUGGGAGCCAUGCCUGGAAAGAUCAUUCAAUGCCUCAAGAAGACAAAGACCGAAAACCCACUGGUCCUUAUUGAUGAGGUUGACAAGAUAGGUCGUGGUUACCAAGGCGACCCAUCUUCAGCUCUGCUGGAGCUUUUGGACCCGGAGCAGAACUUCAACUUCCUGGAUCACUACCUGGAUGUGCCUGUUGACCUGUCCAAGGUUCUGUUCAUCUGCACUGCCAAUGUGACUGACACCAUCCCAGAGCCCCUCAGAGACCGUAUGGAGAUGAUCAACGUGUCUGGAUAUGUGGCCCAGGAGAAACUAGCCAUCGCUGAGAAGUACCUGGUACCUCAGUUGCGUACUCAAUGUGGACUGACUGAGGAUACGACCAACAUCUCCCCAGAGGCUCUGAACCUUCUUAUCAGACAGUACUGCAGAGAGAGUGGAGUCAGGAACCUACAGAAACAAGUGGAGAAGGUGUUCCGGAAAGUGGCGUUCCGUAUAGUGAGUGGGGAGGAGACUGCGGUCCAGGUUACCCCUGACAACCUGCAGGAUUACGUCGGCAAGCCCAUUUUCACUGUGGAUAGAAUGUAUGAUGUCACACCGCCUGGUGUUGUCAUGGGCCUGGCAUGGACAGCCAUGGGUGGCACUACGCUGUUCAUCGAGACGGCCCUGAGACGGCCGCGGGACACUGGGGGUAAGGAUAAGGACGGCCCCAGGGACGGGUCCCUGGAGGUCACAGGGCAGCUGGGAGAUGUGAUGAAGGAGAGCUCUAAGAUCGCCAGUACCUUCGCCAGGACCUUCCUCAUGAAGCAGCAGCCGCACAAUGACUUUUUCUCUGGCGCCCACCUCCAUUUGCACGUCCCUGAGGGUGCUACUCCCAAGGACGGUCCCAGUGCCGGCUGCACCAUCGUCACGGCCCUGCUGUCCCUGGCCACCAGCACGCCAGUGCGAGAGAACGUGGCCAUGACUGGAGAGGUGUCCUUGACCGGAAAGAUCCUGCCUGUGGGAGGAAUCAAGGAGAAGACCAUUGCUGCAAAGCGUGCAGGAGUGACCUGCAUGAUCUUACCAGCAGAGAACAAGAAGGACUUCUCUGACCUGCCAGAGUUCAUCACAGAGGGCCUAGAGGUUCACUUUGUGGAUCAUUACAGCAAGAUGUACCCCAUUGUCUUUCCAUAACAAUGAACACUGAAUUAUGACUCUAUGAAACUGAAAAUGGCACCUGAGCUGCUACCAGUGUUGGGGCCAAUUCAGGAAGAACAAUGAAAUUCCAAUUCUCUUCAAUGUGGAAAAUGUUGAAUUGUAAUUUGUUUUACUUUAAGAAUUGACUGGAAUUAAAAUGGAUUUCACCCCAACCCAGAUGGAUACAACUGGUUAGAUCAGGCAUCCUGAACUAUGAAAGCAGAUUUUUAUUUGGUUGUACAUUCUCACCUGUUAAAAGCCCCACAUCUGACCGUGUGAGACAGCUGUGUCAUGAGUGAAAUGUAUGAUGUAGAAAAUGUCUAAUGUAUAAGUGGGACAUUUGAGAUCUAAGUUGCAUUUCUAAUUACCGAUGUUCACCCCUUAACCUCCCCCACCAUGGUAAACUCCCCAAAACUACAAUCACACAAUGGGUCAUGUCACUGCUACGUAGCCUAGACCCUUUUUAUUGACCAAAUGUUGCAUUUAACUGCUGAUAAAACUUGCAUAUUAUAACUUUA